AGGAGUUCAGGAAGAAGCAGGGGAAGAGCCAUCUGAGCGCCAACCUGCUGUACUUCCUGGGGACGGGCUUCAGAGCUACAGACUCCGACACUAUGAAGAUCGUCAACCAGAAUUUGGGCCGGCAGUCUCGCCACCGUCCGGACCGCACAGUCAAGAAAGCCUCCGCGGAGAAGUCUGUGUUCACAGAGGAUGAGUUCCAACAGUUCCAGAAGGAAUACUUUGGCAGAACUGUGGAGCAGGGGAACUAGACCGAUUCUAGUUCCAGAGACUUUAAGGCUGCGUUCCAAUUCCAGAGGUGUGUGCUUCACACUCCUUGCCAUGGAUUGCUAAUUUCACCAUUGUUAAAGGUCCAAUGCAGCUGUAUUUCAAUAUUGACUAAUUCAUGGGUAACAAUUAAGUAUCUUACUGUGAUUGUUUAUUUUUGACCAUGUUAUUUAAAAACAAAAAUACCUUCUUAG